CGAUGACGUCAUACGAUUUCUGAGUUGUGAGUACAGUUUAGAAAAUAGCGCCGCUCCCGGUACCGUCAGCUCAUAAGUGCGCGCGCACCUGCCGGAUAUUCACGUACUCCCGCGUCUCCGACUUCUCCUGACUGCAGGACCACACUCAGGGACCAUGUCUGAAGGGGACAACAAGUCAGCUCCCAGCACAGGCUCGGAUCCCAAACAAGAGAGUGUGAGCUCAUCGGUGUCCGGUGUGGUCUCCAUGUCUCCCCCUGUGAGCGCCCCUGCAGCUGCCCCCCAGGAGGAUGAAGAGGAGAGCGAAGAUGAGUCUGAAAUCCUGGAGGAAUCUCCCUGUGGCCGUUGGCAGAAACGACGUGAAGAGGUGAAUCAGCGCAAUGUACCUGGUAUUGACAGUGCCUACCUCGCUAUGGAUACAGAGGAGGGGGUGGAGGUGGUUUGGAAUGAGGUUCAGUUUUCUGAACGUAAAAACUUCAAAAUGCAAGAGGAAAAGGUGAAGGCCGUGUUUGAUAACCUCAUCCAGCUGGAGCACCUCAACAUUGUCAAGUUCCAUAAAUACUGGGCAGACGUCAAGGAGAACAAAGCACGGGUUAUAUUCAUUACGGAAUACAUGUCGUCCGGGAGCCUCAAACAGUUCUUGAAGAAGACAAAGAAAAACCACAAGACUAUGAAUGAGAAGGCUUGGAAGCGUUGGUGCACACAGAUCCUGUCUGCUCUUAGCUAUUUACACUCGUGCGAUCCACCCAUCAUCCAUGGCAACCUCACCUGUGACACCAUUUUUAUCCAACACAAUGGGCUGAUCAAGAUUGGAUCUGUCUUUCAUAGGAUUUUUGCUAAUGUUGCUCCAGACACAAUAAACAACCAUGUAAAGACGUGCCGCGAGGAGCAGAAGAACCUUCACUUCUUUGCCCCUGAGUACGGAGAGGUGACCAACGUGACCACAGCUGUAGACAUCUACUCAUUCGGGAUGUGCGCACUAGAGAUGGCUGUUUUAGAGAUACAAGGCAAUGGCGAAUCUUCCUAUGUUCCCCAGGAGGCGAUUAAUAACGCCAUCCAGUUUUUAGAGGAUCCUCUGCAGAGGGAGUUUAUACAGAAGUGUCUGGAGACCGACCCAGGCAAGCGUCCAACUGCUCGUGAGCUUCUAUUCCAUCAGGCCUUGUUUGAGGUCCCUUCCCUUAAGUUACUGGCUGCGCACUGCAUUGUGGGCCAUCAACACAUGAUACCUGAGAAUGCUUUAGAGGAAAUGACAAAGAACCUUGAUAUGAGCGCUGUGCUUGCAGAGAUCACCCACUGUGACCGCGAGGGAAUCCGCAUGAUAUUCUCUCAGUCACCAGCGCUGGAGCUGGACAAGUUUCUAGAAGAUGUCAGGAAUGGGAUUUACCCCCUCACUGCGUUUGGGAUGCCCAGGCCCCAGCAGCCUCAGCAAGAAGUUGUAAAGUCACCAGUGGUCCCUCCCUCUGUAAAGACUCCGACACCAGAACCUGCUGAGCUAGAGACACGCAAAGUGGUCCAGAUGCAGUGUAAUAUAGAAUCAGUAGAAGAAGGAGCAAAACACCACCUAACUCUGUUACUGAAGUUGGAGGAUAAACUAAACAGACACCUGAGCUGUGACCUGCUGCCCAAUGAAAACAUACAGGAACUGGCCGCAGAGCUUGUACAACUUGGGUUUGUCAGUGAGGUUGAUCAGAGCAAACUUACCUGUUUACUUGAAGAUGCUUUCAGCAAAUUCAACUUUGCACGUAAUGGAAACAUGUCGGCUGUAACUGUGUCUUCGUAGCAACAAUCUGCCCAUGCUGCUUUCCCAGUACCAUUGGCAUGGCCCAGCUUCAUCGGUUAGGGUAGCGGGCAGAUUUUUACAAGAAACAUGAAGAUCCUUAAUAUCCAACCUUGUGCCGGGUUACUCAAACAGCUGGAGAGACGAGGAAGCACAUGUAGAAGUUACCACCACAGCUUCUUCACAGUAUGACCUUAGUGGAUGUCAUGCUCCUCAGGGCCUGGCGCUAGUCCAGCUCUCAGGCCAAACCUUAUUACAUAUAUAGUGCUUUUACCUCAUCUGGCUAAUGAUCUAUUAUACAAAUGUAACCAAUGUCUGACUGUUAUGCUUUUAUUUGGCCGUCAUUCAUUUAGCGAUUGUGGUUAAUGAGGCUGAGAGUGGAUGGUCUGGGAUUCCUUGUCCCCCCUUUCUCAUGUUUGUAUUUUGGAGAGGGGAGAGCAUAUGAUGGGUGGGAGGAUUUCUGGUUCAUGCUGUUUACACGUGGGGAGACGUCGCUGCCUGAUGUCCCCGAAGGGCAUCAGUAUUGUAUGUCUAAAUAUCUCCUUAUCUGUAUUUUAGAAAAUGCUGCAAGAUGUGGCAUAAAUAGGAGUGCAUUCUCUCAAAUGGGGGGGAAGACUGCUGAGUAUAUUUGUCUUGUAUUCAUUUAUUUGUUUGGACAGCGUGUUGAAUACUUAACAUGCACCUCCAGGGUAAAGACUGCAUUAAAUCCUAAGCUCUGGGGUAGGGUAGUAGGUAACUAAAUGGGAUUACCUGGUUGAUCUUGGAGAAAGUUGACAGUCAUAUUUUCUGUUUUGUCUGUGUUUUUGGGUGUAAGGUUUGACCAAAAGCUACUAGGUUUCUUGGUGUAUGGUCAGAUAUGCUCCCAGGUGCCUCUGCAUACAGUGUGAUCUGACUUGCACAGGUACCUUGGCUUGCAUUGUGAUCAGACUUCCACAGGUACCUUGGCUUGUGCCACAGGAAGCUUCCUUAUAUGGUUUAGUAUAACACAGUUUUGGUUUUUGGGUUCAUGUUCUACAUGGAUCAUCACAGAACUUGUGUGUCUGUGCAAGACCUUUCACGCUUCCCAGUGAUUUCUCUUGCUCUGACAUCGAAGCUGAUCUAUCAUAUUAAUCUGGCCAUUAUGACUGAGUAGUAACUGUUUGCUGCCAUCAUGUUUUGUGCUCUUUGCUAAUGGAGCAGGCAUGCACACCUACCAUCUAGAAUAGCCACAGCAGUUGCCCUGCGCUUUAGUGUGAGUUGCUCCUCAGACCACACCAAGUUCACUCUAUCCCUGUGUUUACAUAGCAGACGAGUUUAGUUGCCAGAGCAGAUGGUGGCAUCCUGUAUGCGGACAUUAGCUGGCUCCAGUCUGCUCAUAAGGAACGUUUGAUGUUUUGGUUUCGUUGAUGAGAACUUAAAUUUGUACAGUAGCUCUCUGAGGAGGUGUGUGUGAUAUGUGUUGGCAUCUGCACUGAUGUAGUAAUGCAUGCAACUUUUCUUUUGGUGUCAUGGAACUGGCAACUGAUUUCCCUGUUAGUCAUGGAGUGCUUGCCCAGUGGUGCUUAUUUGCUAAAGAUUUGUGUAUGUGACCUGGGCUCGGUGGUGGGUUGAAGUGAUGCAUGUAGAUAUGGAAUAAGCAGGGGUCAGUGUGCUCUUACAUAAGAUGGAUUUUACCAUGUGUCAUCUCUACAAGCUUCUAACAGACUGCAACUGCCUCAGAUCAGUAGGCUGUGUGUGUGAGAUGCCAAGACUGCCAUAGAUGAGUACACUGUCUUUGUGAGAUACCAGUAUUGCUAUGGUUGAGUACGCUCUUUGUGUUAGAUGCCAAGAUUGCAACAGUUGAGUAGGCGGCUCUCUGUGUGGGAAUUGCAACGGUUGAUUAGGCUUUCUGUGUGUGAGAUGCCAGGGUUGCCACAAAUGAGUGUGUGAGAUGCCAACAUGGUGUUGCCUGACUACCUCCCAUUCAGUUACUUAGAAAAGAUGGCUCUGGAUUAUUUUGCAUGUGCGCCCAUGAUAUGAUUUAGAGUUACAGAAUUGGUAGAGGGCACUUUUUGGGUCAGGGUAUUUCAAACCCAAUGUUGUUUGCUUUGCACAAUAUCAAACGUCUGAGUCACAUGACUACCCAGUGUGACUUUUUGCGAUUUUAUUUGUAACUAAUAUUUGCAAUUUUCCUUUUUCUGUAAAUAAAGUUGGUUUGUUUUAAUAAAA